AUGUCGUCGUUGGAUCUGUCCAAACUCAAAAGCCUCCUGGUACAUCCGGCCAAUGGCAGCAUCCCAGUGACCAAGUUCAUCUUGCUGGGUUUCCCCUCCAUGGACUGGGAGAGCCGCACUUUCCUCUGUGCCCUUCUCUCCUCCACCUACACUGGGACAGUGGUAGGGAACCUGUGCAUUGUGUGGGCCGUGCUGUGGGAUUCCCGCCUCCAACGCCUGCCCAUGUACAUCCUGCUGGGGAACUUCUCCUGACUGGAGAUCUCCUACGUUACAACCACGGUACCACGGAUGCUCUCUGACCUGGUGUCUCCCAGCGUCCCCAUCUCCUUCCCUGCCUGCUUCAUGCAGUUAUACUGCUUCUUAUCCAUGGGGGCUACCAAGUGUCUCUUCCUCUCUGCCAUGGCCUUGGACAGGUACCUGGCCAUCUGCCACCCCCUGCGCUACCCGGUCCUCAUGUCCCCACACAGCUGCUGGGUGCUGGCCUCCUCCUGCUGGCUCAUGGGCUUCCUGUGGUUCAUAGUGCCUGUCACCCUCAUCUCCCAGCUCUCCUUCUGUGGUCCUGACACCCUGGAUCAUUUUGUCUGUGACCCCGCCCCAUUGCUGGCUGCCUCCUGCACCCCAGCUCCCCAGGCUGAACAAGCCUGCUACUCCCUGAGCUCCCUCAUCAUCUUUGCCAUUGUCCUUUUCAUCCUGGCCUCCUAUGGCCUAGUCAUCAGGGCUGUGCUGUGGCUGCCCACAGGGGCCAGGCGGCACAAGGCCUUCUCCACCUGCUCCUCGCACUUGGCUGUCGUGGGCCUGUUUUAUGGCUCUGGCAUGGUCAACUACAUCAACCCGGCAGCCUCAGGGGCCAGUGGGAAGGUGGUGACUCUCUUCUACAUGGUGGGAACCCCACUGCUCAACCCGCUGAUCUACAGCCUGAGGAACAAGGAGAUGAAGGAGGCUCUGAAGAGGACCCUGCUGAGGGAGGGGACCAACCCCGUUGAUGUCCAGAGACUUACAGCCAUGGAUCUGGGGCCAAGGAUCAUGGUGACAUCAUAUUUGCAUGUUUUGGACCAUACCCGCCUCCCACAGCCAGGGGUAGAACCCAGGAGCCCCAGCCCCUGGGCUGGAGGCUUCUUGAUUAUCCUGGUGCCCAAUGUGGUCAUGCCUGGGCUGCCGUUCUGUGGCCCCAGUGUUAUCAACCACUUCUUCUGUGACAGUGCCCCCUUGCUGAGACUCUCCUGCACCUACACCCAUCUGGCCGAGCUGCUGGACUUCAGCACCUUCUCCAUGCUUCUGUUAGGGUUGGUGCUGCUGACAGUGGUGUCCUAUGUUUAUAUCAUCAGCUCCAUCCUGAGGAUACCUUCAGCCCAAGGCAGGCAAAAGGCCUUCUCCACCUGCAUCUCUCACAUCAUUUUGGUCAUACCCAACUACGGCAGCUCGAUCUUCAUGUAUGUCCGACCCACCAAAGCGAAUGUGCUGGUCUUAAAACACAAUGAGCACUGUGCUUAA